AUGGCUUGCUUAACCCUUUUCCGACCAUCAUUUUUCUCUCUGUAUUCCUCUCCCUCUCCCCCUUCCUCUGUUUCCCAUCUCUGCUCCUCCACAACUUACGCCAGGUACACAGCAACUUUACCUUCUACUAAUCCUUCGAUUCGCUGUUCUUGCUCGAACCCUUCCGAUUCCCCUCGGAAGCCCUCGACUCUGAGUUCUUGGUCCAACCAUUCAUGGGUUCUGGUUCCAAUCCUUCGCGAGAUCGGAGGGAAGACUUCCUCGCACACCAAGAAAUGGGUUUCUCUAUUGCAAUCCUACAGCCAGGAAGCGGACAAGGAAGCGGGCGGUGGGAAUUAUUUGCAUAACAGUGGGUUUGGAUUGGCAUUGUUGAGCAUAACCUCCAACGCUAGAGUCAAAUUUAGUCCGUUUGUGGCAGCACUGGCGGCGAACCCAACUUUCUUGUCCGGUCUGCUGGCCUGGUUCGCUGCUCAAUCGAUUAAGGUGUGUCUAAAUUUCUUCGUGGAGAGGAGAUGGGAUUUCAGGAUUUUGUUUGCAUCAGGUGGGAUGCCGUCUUCCCACUCUGCUCUCUGUACUGCUUUGACGACGUCGGUAGCGUUUUGCCAUGGCGUAGCUGAUUCUUUGUUUCCAGUUUGCUUGGGGUUUAGCCUUAUAGUUAUGUACGAUGCUAUUGGCGUCAGACGCCAUGCCGGGAUGCAAGCUGAGGUUCUCAAUAUGAUCGUUGAGGACAUGUUCCAAGGCCAUCCAAUAAGUGAAAGAAAGUUGAAGGAACUUCUGGGUCAUACUCCAUCCCAAGUCGUUGCUGGAGCUUUGCUAGGGAUCUUGGCAGCCUGUAUUUGUUGCCAGAGUGGCUUAGUUGCGACCUAA